UACCUCUGAAAACUUAGAAACCCUCAUUUCGCUUCGCCAUUUCACGAAGGAGAAGGAGCGAGAGAGCGAGAGCAAGGUAACCCAAAUGACGACGAGAUUCAAGAAGAACAGGAAGAAGAGAGGCCAUGUCUCAGCCGGCCAUGGAAGAAUAGGUAAGCACAGGAAGCAUCCAGGUGGUCGAGGUAAUGCUGGAGGUAUGCAUCAUCACAGGAUCUUGUUCNANANANANCNUNCNGNUNANUNUNGNANGNUNGNUNUNCNUNANUNCNANANGUUGCGCAACAAGUUUUACUGCCCCAUCGUUAACAUUGAUAAGCUCUGGUCGUUGAUACCGCAAGAGGCGAAAGACAAGGCAUCUCCGGAGAACGCACCUAUGAUCGAUGUUGCCCAGUAUGGUUUCUUCAAGGUCUUGGGCAAAGGGGUGUUGCCCGCUUCACAACCCAUUGUCGUCAAGGCUAAGCUGAUCUCGAAGAUCGCAGAGAAGAAAAUCAAGGAAGCUGGAGGUGCCGUAAUCCUCACAGCUUAGAAGGUUAUUUCUUCUCCUAGUUAUUGUUGGUUAAUUAGUUAGGGUUUUAAAUUUUGGUGAUCCCCCUAAAAUCUGUAAGAGAAACAGAGAAUGAAUUUUGGUACCUUUACAUUGGGUUUUGUUUUAAAUUUCAAUCAGAACUCUACUCGUUGAUGUCUUUAUCGCUUGAAUGAAUGAUGGAUGGAUUCGUUCUCA